UUCUCAAACAACAAAACAUUGUAGAUCUAGUUCAAGAUGCCAAACAACGAAGCGGCCGUUGUGGAACCAUCCGACAUUAUAUCGGCUAGGAAUAAUGUUGAUUCCAGUUCCACAAAACGAUCUCGUGAAGGUUCGUUGGAACCGGCAGUUCAAAUUAAAGCAGCAAAACUGGAGAAUGGAACCGACGUGGAUGGAGAAGCCGUGACAACUGAUCUCAAAGUGCCAAUACCUGCUGAUCGAGGCAAAAAGAAUUAUUUAGUUCCAGACCAGCUUGAGAAGGCAAUGGAAGUAAACAUAUUGAAAGAAAUAGAUGGUGAAACACAGAUCGAGCCAGAUUCCUUAGAAGAGGCCGCCUUAUUGGAAGAGCCAGUGGUAGAAAUUCCGAAAAUAAAGACGAUGGAUUCUGAAAGCCUGAAGGCUGACGAACAUAAUGCUGAAAGCCAUGAUCAAUAUGAUGCUACCGAAAUGCAAGAGGGAAAUGUUAAUAAUAAUUCCGUGGAUGAGAUGGAUGUCGAGGAAACUGAACACGAUACGGAUGUUACGAGCCCCAAAAACUUCGAGCAAAGUCAUUUUCAUUCCAGUAGUGUAAACGAAAUUGCACGUUGUUCUUGGGAUCGGGGAGUGAACCAAAAUUAUGUUCGUGGAUGUCUAUGGUCUCCGGAUGGAAGCUGCGUUUUAACGACAAUAAACAAUGACGGAAUGCACGUCUUCGAACUCCCAUCGGAUAUGUACGCCGCCCAGCAAGUUACCCAACAAAGGCCAGUAAAUUUGUUGGAAUCAGCAGUGCAUGUUCGCGAAUCUACUUUAGUGUACGACUACAAAUGGUAUCCAGGGAUGCAUAGCUCCAUGCCAGAAACCAGCGUAUGGAUCGCAUCCCGCCAGCACGAGCCGAUUCAAAUGUGGGAUGCAUACACCGGCAAACUCAGAUGUUCCUACAAAGGAUAUAAUGUAGUAGAUGAAGUUGAAUCGGCACUAAGUCUCGCCUGGUCCACUGAUUGUAGUCGAAUUUACGGUGGGUACAGAAAAAGCAUAAAAAUGUUUGAUGUUGAUACACCAGGACGGGAGAUUUCAUCUUUUCCAACCAAAGUAACUGCUUCCUGUAUGACACCCUGUAUACCACUGCCUAAUUUGAUGAUGUUUGGCUCAUGGAGCCGUACAAUAACCGCUUUAGUUACCAACUCAGGUCAGACCAUCGCUGUCGGAAACAAUUCCCGUGAAUGCAGCCACACUUCCGGUGUUACAUGGUUGAAGUUUAUUCCGCGAACGAAUCUAUUUCUAUCUGGCGGGCGAAAAGAUCCCAAACUUCUGAUGUGGGACAUUCGAAGUCUACAUAAACCCUACCACGUACUCGAGCGGACCUGUGAUACGAAUCAACGCGUGUACUUUGACAGUUCUCCGCACGGUGAGUGGGUUGUAACCGGUAAUACGGAUGGAAAUUUUAGAGUGUGGAAUCUGCUCGAAAUCGAUGCCGCCAGCAAGAGCUAUCGACAAUACAAUUUCCCUCUACAUCGAGACUGUUGCAACGGAGUAUCAUUCCAUCCCUCCAUACCGAUUGUAGCUACUGCCAGUGGACAGUUCCAUGCCACAGAUGACAGCGCGGAAAGCCUGGAACAGGAAAAUGCACUAACCCUAUGGUGGGUUGGGAAAAUGGCCAUUUCGGAAGAAUGAACACAGAUUUCGCGCGGGAAGCCGUCUGCUUUUAUGUUCGUAUUGUUUCUGUCGACGAGUUAUUUUAAAAUCUUUCUAUUUCUGUUAAUAUUAGAAGGAUUAAAUAUUUAUAGUAUGUACAAAAUAACAAUAAAGUUAAUAUAGAAUAUUUCUUUAUAUGUAACGAAUUUCUUA